AAUAAUAUCUUUUAUUUAUCUGUAAACACAUGUCUGAAGAACACCCAGCAGUUGUUAUUGAUAACGGAUCCGGAUAAUGCAAGGCCGGUAUUGCAGGAGAUGAUGCUCCAAGAUGCUGUUUCCCUGCAGUUGUAGGAAGACCCAAACAUCAAGGAAUUAUGGUUGGUAUGGACAGCAAGGAAGCCUACGUCGGUGAUGAGGCUUAAGCCAAGAGAGGUGUUUUAGCACUCAAGUACCCAAUUGAUAAUGGUAUUGUCAAUAAUUGGGAUGAUAUGGAAAGAAUCUGGCAUCAUGCAUUUCUUCAACGAAUUGAGAGUCACACCAGAAGACCACCCAGCUCUUUUCGACCGAGGCCCCAAUGA